AUGGCUGAAGCUGGUAUUAACACUGACCAUUUUAAAGCUCAUUCCACUAGGUCAGCUUCAGUAUCAAAAGCUUAUUUGGCAGGAGUUUCCAUUUCAGAAAUUAUGCAACAAGCUCACUGGGCUAAGGAAAUACCUUUGCCAGGUAUUGGGCUUACUGUUGAUGCUGAUGUAGAGCACUUACCAGAAGCAGUGCCUCAAGGAAACUUCAAACCUGUGCCUGCAGGGGAAAAUACUACCUUCAUUGUUUUUGACUUGGAGACAACUGACUUGGUGCGUGGAGGGAAAUAUCCACAUAUCACACAAAUUGCGGCAUCAGUCGUGGGGUCGGUGUCAGAGUUUUCUGCUUACGUUUACCCAAAGGUGCCAAUUGCUUCCACUGCACAGCAGAUAACCGGGAUAAUUGUCAACAAUAGUGGGACAAUGACAGUCCAUGGUCAAAAGGUUCAUGCAGAAGAUCUUUAUUCUUCCAUUGAUAAAUUCUGCAAAUGGCUAAAGAAAUAUCCUAGUGUGUAUUUGAUUGCCCACAAUGGACGAAAAUUUGAUUUUCCUGUGUUAAUGAAUGCAAUGAUGAACAUAAAAUGUGACAGAAUUUCUUGACUGUGUGACAGUCUCAAUGUAUUCAAGAAGGCCUUCACCUCCCAGUCUUACAAGCAAGAAGAUUUGGCCAGGACAAUUUUAAACACUACAUAUGAUGCCCACAAUGCUAUGGAGGAUGUGAAGGUCCUAGGCAAGCUCAUUUCCCACACAAGAUUUGAUGCUACCAAAAUGUGUAUUCACAGUUUCCCACCUUCAGCUGUUAUCAAUCAAAUAAAGUACAACAGAGAAAAAGCAAAGAAUGUCACAUCUUUGCACUUGCUUGUUGGUAAAGGAAUCCUUAAAAUGGGUACAGCAGAGAAGGUGGCUGGCUCUGGACUAAAUCUGGGUCACUUGAAGAAAAUAUUUGAACGCGAAGGAGAGGAUGGGCUCAGGAACAUAUUUUCCUGUAAAAAUCGUGAAGGUCAACCACGCGUUACAAACAUCAAGAAAACCCUUGAGGAAAUCAUCCCCAAAUUAGGGCAGUUUUUUUCUAGUUGUGAUUCUUAAUUGUGUUAGAUGAACAAAACCAUGUCAAUUUAUGCUAGGUUAUGAUAUGACAAUGCAUGAUAUAAGUGCCUAAAAAACAAAGGUUGUAUCUACUGUUUCAUUGUUUUCAUGUUUGUCAAGGUCACGCCACUUUUAUUUUUAGCUCAAACUUGUUAACAACAUUUAACUGGAGCAUGCAAAAAUUCUACAUUUGUCAAUUUUCCCCAUUGUGUGUCUUAAUGCUGCUUUAAGUAUUCAUUGCUUACACUGAAAUUUACGUUAUAAGUGUUUAUAUGUGUUGAAGACAAGAAUUAUAAUUUCAAAAAUGUUGUAAAACUUCUGAUUUGAUAAAACAUUUAUUGAUUUUUGAAUUUGGUCUUCUCGUUAGUAUAUGGAUCUUCUAAGGUAUUGAUUACCCUCGGUGUUUGGCCUCGGUCAACAAAUACCUGAUCAGGUCACUAUACUCAUGAGAAGACCUCAACAAAAGUCAAUAAUUGUAUACUGAUUGUAUUGUAAAAAUGUUUAAACCAGGAUUCUAGAAGUUUAAGGUGAGAAGUUUUUGAACUAGCACAGCAGGUAUAUUUGGACCACAAGGAUAUUGAAUGAGGCUCAAAUUUGUAAAAGUAUAAAAAUAGAUAUUUGUAUCAAUCAGUGAGAAUUAUUGUAGUGAAAAUAUUUUGGUUAGAUGAUCUAAUUCUAAUUUUAUUAAAAUAUACAAUGUAUUUUUGCUGUUAUUGAGUAAAUCUUACGUUUUUUUUUCAAGGUUAAAAGGUCAAGGUCAUUGUAAAAUAGGCAUUGGGACUCAUUUUUGCAUGCCUAUCAAAAAUGGUAUCAAAAUAUAAAUUUAACCUUACAAAAAUUAAAGUGUUUAAGAUGAUAUGUUACAUACCUGUUUCUGCUAAUUGAACGAUGAUAUAGGGGGUAGGGGUAAUAAAUGCUUAAUAAUUUCAAAAUACCAUGGUGAAAAAUAUUUUAUGUAUUUUUUUUAUGGAAAGUGAUCAUUAAGGUCAAUUUCUGUUGUUGUUAAUUGUAGCCCAAAGCAUACUGGGAAUUUAAAAAAUAAAAAUUAAAAUGAAGUUGUUUGUAUAAAAUGCAUGCUUACCAUUGAAUAAGGUCAGUAAACCAGAAAUAAUAUUAAUAAAUGAUAACUUUUAAUAAUGAAUUGUAUUUUUUAUUAAUCACCUAUGACAUUUUUGUUCAUUCACUGUGAAAACUUUGUAUUAAAGUCAUAGAAGUCAUAGAAAUUUUUGUUAUAGUAUAAC